UUGUUUAUCAUUAAAGGAAUAAUCCGUGAAUUUAUUGUAAAAUUACUGCUGUGAAAUGGCUGCUUCUCGUGAACGAAGAUGCAACGCAGGUCGGCGGAUGGCCAGCUUGCUAAACGAAGAGGAAGAGGACGAAUUUUACAAAACUUCGUACGGCGGCUUCAGUGAAACGGUGGACGACGGCGACUACGAGCAAAAGAACGACGACGAGGAUGAUAUCGUGGAUUCCGACUUCAGUAUCGAUGAGAAUGAUGAACCGGUGUCGGAUAGGGAGGAAGAAGAACGAAGGGCACCCAAACGCCGGCAGGCGGGAACGGUAACCAAGGCCUACCGCGAACCAUUGCCCAAAAAAGCGGCCACUAAACCGGUUAAAGAACCUAAACCCAAAGCAGAACGGCAGACAACGCUGCGCAAGCGGCCAAAGUUCACGGUCAUCGAUUCAGGGCGUAAAUCAUUCCGUAAAUCGACGGCCGCUAAAACGGCGGCUACGCAAAGCAGGCUUCGGCAACGGUUCGAAGCGGAACGGAAGCGAACACGAGUUAUCCGCACGGAAGAACACAUCCCGACGCAGGAGGAGCUGCUUGAAGAGGCGGCAAUAACGGAAAGAGAGAAUCUCAAAUCACUCGAACGCUUCAGAAGAAUGGAACUGGAAAAGCAGAAAACGAGACCCACGAAGCGAAAGUUUGCGGGCCCAACGAUUCGAUACCUAUCAACGGCAAUGCCCAUUAUUGAGGUCGUCCCUAACAUAAACCCGCCUGAGGAUUCGCCGGAAAAACAGGAUACGACAGCGGAUGGAGCCGAAAAAACUAGCUUGCGUGAUAAAGCAGCCAAACGAAGCAAAAAGAAAACCAAACUAGAAGUAACGGGUCAAUACGAACGAACGUUCAUUUCAUUUGAGAACGAUAUCGAUGAUCGGAUGUUUGAAUCGAUCUUUCCCAAAUCGGACGGUGGCAGGAGGCGACGACAAAUCUGCGCUGUUACCCAGCUACCGGCCCGCUACUACGAUCCCGUCACACAGCUGCCGUACCGGAAUAUGCAGACGUUUAAAAUUUUACGCGAAGCCUACUACCAGCAGCUGGAGGAAAGGGGCAACACAGAAAAUCCAGGGGUGGCCCAGUGGUUAGAGUGGCGCCGCAAGAUCAAGCAGUUCCGCGUGGUAGCGCUCAAGAAGGAACAAGCGACGGCAACCAACGAAAAGACUGGAUCAGGAGUAGCGCAGGCGAAAGGUCAACCAGUAGUACCAUCGACUACCGGUGCUGUAAGUGUAGCAAAACAGUGAGAUUAUCG